CGUCAAGAAUAGCUGUAACCAAGAGAAAAACACUUGCUACUGAAGAGAUGUGACGCGAAACACUUCAUGAGAAGGCUUUAGUGCUCCAUCAUUUGAGAUAAGACUAAUACUGCUAUAGUUUCCUUCGGCCCGUACGGGCGAUUUCGUUUAUGACCUUAUAUUAACACUAAUAAAUACUAGUGUAUCUAAAAGAUGGUAGAAUGCUGCGGCACAUUCUGUUGAUAGUGACGUAAUUUACGCAGUAAUUCAUCCACCCGCGAUGGUGUUCCAUGACUUACAUCGGGAAACAUAUCUCUGAAGUCAUUUUCUGCACGAGAGAAAGUAUACUUAAAAGCAGAGAAAAUAGCGCGCGUACAGAAGAAUAUUGCCUUUUGUGACACAAUCUCACCCGGCUUUGCCAAACCUCAAGAAUACACAGAUGGCGAAAUGACAUCUUAAAAUUGACCCUUAUUCAGUUAUUAAAUCGCAAAGAAAAGUCAUAAGAGAUAUUUUAAUAUGAGCUUAACUUUGAGGGCAGGAGAUUUAAAAGCACUAGCGAAUGGCAGAAGUCGCACAAUCUAUGGCUAAGCCACAGUAGGCCAACAAUGAUAAAACAGUGCGUUCGGGCCACUCUGGUUGGUUGAUGCUUUUAUUGACUGAUGUUGACAACAAUGAUGAACAUAAUCAUGAUGAUUGUUCUCGAGCUGACCUCAUCAACUUAAACGUGUGUUAUCGAAAAGUGCCGUGGAAACUGGAACAUAAGACUGUGCGCUUGGGAUUGCAAAACGGCGUAAAAAUCCGGCAUUAAAUAAAAUUGAAAGGGGCGAGUAAGCUAAAUUGAAAAAAGAAGAAAAGUGGUAAUACAUACAGAGAACUGAGACCAAAAACAACAGAACUGAACGUUCUAUCUGAUGGCAAGUGACUUUCCAGUGUUUAUGAAGCAAAGUGGCGUCGAAGCGAUCAAGAGUUCACUCACACUUGCACAUACGUGGCGAGCGAAGUAUGCCAAGAGAGCACACAGACAGAGAGAGAGAGAGGGGGGGAGAGAGAAAUAAAUGAAGUCACUUCCGCCCUAGGAUUGUUGAUCUGUGACAUAAUAAUAUCUCUUUGUUAGGCCUAGUGUCGUGGGAAAGUUCCUUCACGUUCAGUGUAAACUGAUUAAGUGGUCUGGUCAAGAAAGCGGAAAAGAGUUGACAAAAAGAAUUCCUUUCACUCGCUUGAGAAAGGAAAUCAAACAAAGGGUGAAAAUAAAUUGCCUUGGAGCCACUUGAUUUUGAACAUUCAAUAGUUACCGCCAAAUUACGAAGUUGCAGUUAAAUUUGAAUUUCAAAGAUCCGACAGAAUUAUACUUUGGUGAUCGGAGUUGCUGCAGGCUUUUUCUUGUCCGGCUUUAGACAAAUUAGGAUUUUUUCCUGCAAGGAAAGUACGCAAAUAUGAUUAAAGAUAUCGCCGCGUUUUUCUUACCGUACUUGGUUUCGUCGUUUGUCUUCGGCUGUAGUUUUUAUUUCUAUGAUGGAAUGAUCUUUUAAGGGGUCUUGCAACCUUUGCAAGAGCAUUGGGAUGAUAAACAAGUUCAUCUUGUUGUUUGUUUGUAGCUGAUGUUUAUCGUGAAAAGCGCUUGAAAGCCGCCGGCACAAGUCCUUGGCUUAGAAAAAAUAAACAAAUAAAUAUACAAACGAGGAAAAAAUCCUUUCCAUUCUGCUUGUCUUUAAAAUUGGAGACCCUGUCCGCAUCGGAAUAAUUUCUGUUAUUUUUCUCUUCGACUUGCAGUGAAAAAAUGUAAGAUAAGCGCAUGUUAAAAGCUUUCAAUUGGUAUGUAUUCUCUCUGAUAAAGUGGUGGCCUCUUUAUUUGUCAUCGCUGAUGGAGUUACCAUAGCAGAUUUUAUCAUCACUGCUCGCUCAAUUGGUUCUGGAUAAAAUCUCUACGGGUCAUCUAGCUGACUCACCGCAGGUAGUCUAAGGCCGGGUUCUUUGGCUUUUGAUGUCAUGUGCUCAAUUUGUCUGUGAAACAAAACGAAUUCACAAUUUGCAUUGUUUGGUACGUAAUAUUGCUUUAGGCGCUCUUUUCGUCUAAAGCUCGUCUGAGAAAGUAGCCGCGUUUUCCUGUUACUUUUAGCCGCUGAACUCCUUGUCAGAGAACAGAUCAAUCGAGAAUUAGUCCGAGGAAUUAACACCUUUGGAGCUGUGGUCAGGGGCCGCUUCUCAAUCGUUUGAAAAGGAAAGAUACGGAAGAGUACAUGGUCACUAUUCGAUGAAAACCCCAACAAUGUCAUCCAAACCGUUAGAAAAUCAAAGUGGUAUGGCGCUACCCGAAUAUCCGAAGCAGUGGAAAUCACGGCUGCAGAGAUUCCAAAGUUCGUUAAGAAAGUCGCUACGAAUUAAGAAGGAAGAUUCGCCACGAUCAGCCUCUUUUAUUACUGGAGAAUAUAGAAGUGACCUGUGGCAGGAUCAUCCAAAUGGCUGUGUGAAUUUUACCGCAAAGCACGUGAGCCGAGAAAUUUUGCCCGCGAAGAAAAAACAAAAUGGAGUGUCACACAAACAGCUUAAUGCGAAGAAAACAAGCUCGCACUCACAUAACGUGAAUGGGAAAACAUCAUUUGACAGCUAUAGUUUUGAUAGUCGGAAAGUUGAGCAAAACAAAACAAACGUCAAUAAUUCUCGGAAGAAAAAGAAAAAUUCCGCGGGAUCAACUUCGAGCCCUGCUGCAAAUGAACUCGUCAGUGAACUGCCAAGUUGCGGUCACGAAAGAUCAUACCUGCACAAGAAAACAUUCAGAUCAAAGCGACAAAGGGCAAAGACAAACACUGAAAAGACAUCUCUCUCAAAGUCUAAGAGCUUAAGUAUACUUACGAAUUUAUUUAAGCGAGCUAGUCAUUCAAAGAACGAGAAUGACCGUGGGAAAAGUUUGUCUUUCACUGCACCUCAGUCUUCGUCAUCGAACCAUUUAUCGACAGAUAGUAACAACACUAAUUUCGAUACAUUGGUAACAGAUAUUGUUGUCAGUACCUCAUCCAUUGACUCUUAUUGUGAAAACGAUUCCCGUUGUAAAGAGAGCAAGUAUUAUUCGUUGAAACGCUCGAAAAGAUCGCUGGUUUAUCCGAACAACAACAUUUCCAGGUCGCUCUCUAUGGACUAUUCUUUGCAACCGUGCACGGAACCACUCAUGGAAAAAUCGCGAACAUUAGCUGCCAUUCCACCAUGUAUACAGGUGGAGGAAUAUCAUGAAAGUCGCGGGUGUUUUGAGAGAUCACUUACGGUUGAAUUUAAGCCUGAUUCCUCUGGGUCAGUAACAAUUGAAACGGGACCUGCAUACUAUCAAAGUAUGAAGACCUCUCCGCAUUCGUGCAGAGAAACAGAAGUGGCGGACUCAUUUUCAAGUGGUACUCCAAGAAGUGGCGUACAGUUCGAAAAGAGGCGAAAUAUCACCCGCGAUGCCGAAAGGAGUUGUGACGCAUGGAAACGACGUUCAGCUCCUCCUAUCCUGUCAAAUUCUGCUCACGAAGACUCCUUGAAUAUUGGAUCGCCAAUUUUCUUUGAAUUGAAGACUGAUAUUGCAACGGAAGAAGAAAGCAGUGCUCAGUUGGAGUGUGAUAGUCUCAGGGCGCAGACUAUUUUUGUCGAGGAGAGAGAUUUAUCUUCUGAAACUGUCGAAUGCACUGAGUUCGCGGCGUCCGAAAUGGGAAAUAGCCUAUCGUUUGGGGUGCAAGAGCUUCAAAAACCGCGGAAGUAUUGUUCCAAAGAUUCCAAAUUCAAACUAUCGAUCCUUCGACCUCAAAGGAAAAACGGAAAAACUUUCAACCAUAAACUGGAUGGCGAUGUGGAUCAUUUUAUCCAACAGCCUGAAUAUAUGGAAUGUUUCGAAAGAGAACUUGAAAGACGGAAUUACCUGCUAAGCCACGGCUGUCUGGGUAAUGAACUUACAAAAGACAAAUCAACUCCUUUGUGCGAGGGUAGUGAAGCGCUUGCUUUGCGUGAAAAGAUGAUUUAUGCCUUUCACGAAAACAAUUAUUCACAAGAUUUUUCCUCUGUUAAUUCCACAACUCGCGUAAUCACUGACGAAAGUCUGCCCGAGGAAAACCAAACUGCUGAGGAAAAUACAAUCUGUGAGAACAGUGGAAGUUUACCGGUAGACAAAAUAAACAAAGAAGAAAUAGUUUACGAGGAAAACUUUUGUUCUCCGACUUUUGGACAAACCGAGGACAAUGAAACAUCACAACAAGGAGUUUGUUUAUCUUGCCGGAAAACAAGAAACGAGGUAACGAGCACUGAAUUAACAAGAUACUCUCCUGUGUGUCCUGAUCCUUCGCCGAGUCCCGCGAACUUGAAAGAAGAAAAGUUGCGUGAUAAUACAUGUACAUCUUCUGAAUUAAUUACCAGCGGCUUACGUGAGAAUUUUAAGGGCCGCCAAGGAUUGGCUAGAAGUCUCAAAGUGAAGAGUUUGCCUUGCUUGCCGGUGGGACCUUCACUUCACAAACAAGCAAUGUAUAACAGCUUUCCAGACAUUAGAAAAUUACACAUACUUAAUUUAACGCAAAAAUUCUUCUCAGAAUAUAGAAGGGACAGUUUGUCAUCAUGUAGCUUGCAUUUGGAAAACAGUUGUGAAAAUGACUCAGUUGUUGAAAACAGUGGAUUUGAAACAAAGUCCUCCCCAUGGGAAGAUGGUGAGAAAAAUGGAGGAACUGUUGACCGUUUGAGCCCUGAAUCACCACAGCAUAGGCAACGUUCUUAUAGUACACGGAUACAUCACAGGUCACCAGUACAACAGGUGCUACAGACAGAAAGUCGUUCUGUUUCUUGCUCUCAACUGGACAGUAAUGAGGAUGAUGACACGAUAUCAUGCACCAGCCCACCUUAUGUUCGACCACGAAUUCAGAGUCUUGAACAACUACCGCCAUGCACUGCAGAGGUCAUCCUGAAGAAGAAGAAAAGCAUUAUGCGCAAAACCAGGAUGAAACACACCACAUCACUUUCUUGUGUCGACAAUGUGUUCAAUGAUAUGAUUGACAAGGGCAAGCGCCAUUCCUAUGGUGGUUAUGGUGAUGAUAGUUUCCUGAAGCUUCCACCUAUGCUGCACAGAUCUCAUUGUGACGAAAGCCCAUUGGAUAGUUGCAACAGUUCAAUGCAAUCUCUGAACUCGUCUUCAUCAUUCACCGAGAAUGAACUUGGAAGCAGCUUCUCUUUUGCAUCUCAGUUGUCUCUUCCUAUUGCCUUUGAUCAGAGUUUGGGUCGUUCACGCAGUGUGCCUGGACUUCUUGGCGCUGACAACCUUCAGCCUUCACCCAUCCCAGAGGAACAUUCUUCAGUGGACUGGACUUACCCGUCUGGAGAGAAUAGUGAUCUGGAGGAUGAUGAGAUGGAUGUACCGGAAGCAUUUGCAGAGGCCCUGUGGGAUCACGUGACCAUGGACCCAGAGGAGCUGAGUUUCCAAGUGGGUGACAUCAUUACAGUGCUGACCAUGACGUCAUGUGACUGGUGGUUCGGACAGGUUGGCGAUCGGGUUGGUUGGUUUCCUGCGCCGUUUGUUCGGGUUCGAGUGUCACAGACGUUGGCUGCGGACGAAACUAAACUUGCUCCCCCCGUGCGAACCAGAAAAGGAACCAAUGAGGGAUUUCUUUCAGACAAUGACGUCAGGUCACGUGUCGUCCAGGAAAUCCUUAACACUGAGAGAGACUAUGUCAAGAACUUGGAAGAUGUGGUCGAGGGUUAUCUUAAACAAGCCAGAAAAAGAACGGACAUGUUUAACGAGGAACAGAUUACCAAGAUCUUUGCUAAUAUUGAACAGAUAUAUCAAUUUCACCAAGAAAUCUUGAGGCAACUGGAAGAUUGUUUUGUGGAAGGAGACCCGUGUGCGUCUGAGAUUGGCGCCGUGUUUCUGAAUAAUAGGAAGGGCUUCGAUAUUUACUCGGAGUAUUGCAACAACCAUCCCCACGCUAUGGCAGAGCUGAAGACACUGAGUGAAAGUAACAAAUACAAGCAAUUCUUUGAGGCUUGUCGUCUCCUUCAGGAGAUGAUUAAGAUAUCACUUGACGGGUUUUUAUUGACUCCAGUUCAAAAGAUCUGCAAAUACCCUUUGCAGCUGGCGGAGCUAAAGAAGCACACGAUAGCAACCCACAAGGAUUUUCAGACGGUGAAGCAAGCCCUAGAUACAAUGAAAAACGUCGCCUCAUUAAUCAACGAACGGAAAAGAAAAGUGGAGAGUAUUAACAAGAUCGCGAAGUGGCAAAGCACGAUUGAAGGGUGGGAGGGCGAGGAUGUGUUAGAGAAGAGCUCUGAGCUGAUUCAUUCUGGUGAUGUGAUCAAGACCUCCAAUGGAAGCUCACAAGAUCGUGUUAUGUUUUUGUUCGAUCAUCAACUUGUAUAUUGUAAAAAGGACAUUUUGAAGAAGAAUGGUUUGACCUACAAGGGAAGAAUUGACAUGGAUGACUGUUCCGUUGUUUGGUUGAAUGACGGAGAAGAAACUUUAGAUAGAUCGCCGUUGAAUAACGCGUGGAAAAUCUACAACUAUAAGAAAGAGAAAUGGUACAUUUUCUACACCAAGAAAGCCGCUCAGAAAGAGAAAUGGAUGAAGGCCUUCAAGGACGAACGGCGCAGGGUCAGUGAAGACGCGAAAACAGGUCUUAUAAUAUCACAAAACACCAGAAAAGCUGCCAUGACAGCUGCCAAAGCAUCCGUCAAACAGAAGAAAGUCAACGGGAAGAAAGAAAAACCGUUCCUGAAGUCACAGUCCACGACAGAAAUCAAGCCCCCUCCAUCUCCCACCUUGCGUUUACCAGACCCUGUAUCAAGCGCUGAUCUAAGGGAGGAGGACGAAGAGGGUGAAUCCUUCGGUAACAGAACAUCUGUUAUAAGAAGAAGCUUCGGUUUACGAGGCUCGAAAAGGAGCAAAGAGAAGCGUAUGAGUUCAGUUUAUUAACGAGGCAGGUCGAGUGUUCUUCUGUAGUCCUCGACUCCUUUUCUGUGAUUUCGACCGCGAUUGCCUGAGGACAAGAUGGAAGAAAUCGCGUGCCGAACGUUAAGUCAGCUCGUGAAGGAUUGGAAAUGAUAUUUCAACAGUCUGCAUAGCAAAUAAGUGCCUGUUUCUAAGCUGGGAGUAAUUUUGUGACAUGAGUAGGAAGGAAUUAUCGGAAUCUCCUCGGGUUCCGAACAGUUCAAGCAGGAGUGUGUGAAGACUCUACCAACGAGUUGAAUGGACCGGGUCUGUCAGCGUGUGAGGAACAUGACUAUCAUAGCGACUUAACGUCCAUUUAACCAGAGGCCAAAUAAGGGAUUUGGCUCGCAGAAAAGGUGCAUCUUAGAUACUCGGAACAAUUUUAACGAUAUUUUCACCACUUCAUUGUUUGGGUCAAGCGCUAGAAGAUUUCCAUGUCGUGAAUUAAGUAAAGGUCAGAGUGCUUUCAAUAGUGCACGUCAAGAAAGACAUCAUUGUUCCCAGGACAACGCGAGUCCUUAUCGGUAUGGAUGAAUGACUCAACUCAGACCAAACUUAUCCUGACAUCUGUUCGGCAGGUUAAACAGGAGGCAAGGUUACGCGCAUGUUCAUAGAAUCCCUGGAUUAGUGGCGCUGGCGUCAAUCAAGAAUCAUGGCCAACUGUUUUUCGCAGGCGAGAUAUCAUGAUCUAGUAGCUACUAUUAAAAAUAUUUUAUAAAUAGCACGAAUCAAAUUGAAAUUCGUUUAGCGCUUGAAAGUAUAUUACUUCAUAGAUAUUUCCUACCACCUAUCUUCUCUUGGUAAUUUAAGUGGGCGUGGCGUCCAAUCAAAGCUUUGCUCUAGUUAUUAAGACAAAAGGUCAUAAAGUUUUUAUCAGUAGUUGAACUAGAUAUAAUAUUUUUUUAGACCCGGCUUUAAGAAUAUCUUCCAUGACAAAAAUUUUUCCAGCUUAACUUAUUAAAUUUGUAUGUUUUAUUCUGAAUUUUUAAACGGUAGGGGCUUGGUUAACAUGGUUUAGACAGAGGCGGCAAGACCAAAUUAAAUUCGGUCCUAGCUUCCUCUGUCAGUCUUGGCGGUGGGAAGGAAGAAGGAAGAAUCACCACCCAAAUUUUAAUCAUUUGACGAGGACAAAAAUACCGUUGAGAAUCAAAUAAUAUGAAGAGAGAACAAGUGAUAGAAAUAUCAAACCGUUUACAAUAUGGAAAUUCAUUUGAAGAUAUAUUAUAUACCGUGUGGUUUAUUAUGAAUCUGUUGUACAGAACCUGUUUAUAAGAACUUAUUAAAUGGUAUUUU